AUGUUUGGUAUCAGCAAGUUUCCUAACGUGUUGGGAAUAAAACAAAAAAAGAAUUAUCAAUUUUCAUUAAAAUUGAAGAAAGUUAUGGCAAAAAACAAACGCGCGCUUAAUUUGCCGCACCCUGUAUGUUCGACACGGUCUACGCCACGUGAAAAAAUUCGGGAAGCGUUGGGAGCUUUGGGGUGGCCACUCACUCAAGGGGCUAUUUCUACAAUAUUGGCAGUUGUGGUUUUGGCAGAUGUUCCCGCUUAUAUGAUUGUUACUUUCUUUAAGACCGUUUUUCUCGCUAUAACCUUGGGACUACUUCAUGGACUUGUUUUCCUUCCGGUUGCUUUGGUGCUUUUUGUACGUGGAUGUUGCACCGGUAACACUCAUGUUAUUCAAGUAAAUUGA